CCAAUCAAGUGCGAACGGCGGUUAGAUCGAUGACAUCGGUGAUCACAGGGUUGCUUGGAGACGGAGUCCUACAUUGUCGGUGGCCUUGGUUUGGGGUGCUGAUAUGGAUCCAGCAUUGUUGAAAGAAAGGGAACUGUUCAAGAAGCGUGCUCUUUCUACUCCUGCUAUUGAGAAACGAAAAGUCUCUUCCUCUUCCGGUUCAUCUAGUUCUAAAAAGAAGAAACUAAAGCCAGAUCAGGGCAAUUCCUCGAAACAAAGUUCAGAAAAUGCAUCUUUUGCCUAUAGAGCACUUCCAGGGAGUGCUGGAUACAAAUUUGGUGUACUUGCUAAAAUAGUCAACUACAUGAAGACCCGCCACCAGCGAGGAGAUACCCAUCCACUGACGCUGGAUGAAAUUCUAGAUGAGACUAAACUCUUGGAUAUUGGCAUGAGACAAAAACAAUGGUUGAUGACUGAGGCAUUAAUAAGCAACCCAAAAAUUGAUGUAACAGAUGGAAAAUAUGCCUUUAAACCCAAAUACAACUUAAAAGAUAAAAAGGCUCUUCUGAGGCUUUUGGACAAGCAUGAUCAACGAGGUUUGGGAGGAAUCCUCCUUGAAGAUAUAGAGGAAGGCCUACCAAAUGCACAGAAAGCUAUAAAGGUAUUAGGGGAUCAAAUUAUUUUUGUGACAAGACCAGACAAGAAGAAGAUUCUCUUCUAUAAUGACAGAACCUGCCAGUUUACAAUGGAUGAAGAAUUUCAGAAGCUAUGGAGGAGUAUUCCAGUGGAUUCAAUGGAUGAAGAGAAAAUUGAGGAGUAUUUGAAAAAGCAGGGCAUUUCCUCAAUGCAGGAGGCAGGACCAAAGAAGGUGGUAUGUGUUCAGAAAAGGAAGAAACCUGCUUCUCAGAGAAGAAAAUUCAAGACACGCAAUGACCAUCUGGCAGGAAUACUGGAGGACUAUACUGAAGGAGUAUCUAGCAAAGACUAAUGACCCUGAACAAGGAAGUAAUAGGAGGAUUGACUGAUUCAUCAAAAGAAAUCCUGCAGUUGAUGUACAGCACUGGAAUACUGAGCACAACUUUUCUUACGGUUCCUUUAGUUACUUAUGCUUUCUGUAAUGGCUAAUUUAAAGAUUGAAAUUCUGCAAAACCAGAAUUACAGUCAUUAACCAAUAGGAGUAAGGCAACAAAUUGUGAUUCUCUUUCUUGGUAGGUUUCUUGCUCAGUAAAAUGUAAUGUUUGCAUUAUAUAAUCACAACAUUUUCUUUUUUAAGUUCUAGAAUGGUUCUAGCAAUGUCAUACAAUAAAUAGUAAACAAGAUCCUUCAGAACUGUUUAACAGUUGAUGUCUUCCUCUGUAUCUCUUGUAGUCAACCAGUGUCCCAUGCAGCACCACACAGACCAAUUGGAAAUACCCCUCCCACUACACAACUGUAAAUUCAACGACAUUUGGGAGUCUCCUGUUUCUACGCCAGGUAGUGAAACAACAGUGCUUCUAAGAAAAUUUCCAAUCAAUGUACAUUUUCUUUAGUUGGUCAUGGAUAAGCUGUCUUCCACAGUACAAUCAAAAUAAAGAAAUGCUGUUUUCUGAAUGUUGGCCAGUCCCCACCCACCCAUCGUUUAUCAUUUUGAAAAUUCAUGUUUCUAAUAACUAACAAUAUCAUCAUUCUACGCUAAUACAUUAGGUCAUAAAUUUUGUAACUGUAGCCUGUGAGACAGGCAACUUGUUUCUCUCUUAGUCGUUGGCUUGUCCUCAUUGAAUUCUGUACACCGUAGAAAGGGCUGUUGGGCACUUGGUGGAGCCAUGGGGUUUGUCAAGUGUUGACACGAGGAGGAGUGAAGCACAGAUCUAGGGAGAUUCAGCAGAGACAGAGAUCCUGAACACGAGAUGGCUGCUCUGUCAUUAGAGAGGGAUAGCUGGUCAUAGUUCAUCCUGAGAGAAGAGAUUGAGAAGUUGGAACCUUCAUGGCGACCUCAGCCAGUGUGGGGAUUAAACCCACAUUUUUUUCUCCAAAAAUCAAUUGGCCCAGAUACUUUCUCCUGAUCAGACAAAAAAAAACUACAGUUACUUUUAGAGGUGUUCUCUGUGAACACCUGGCCAGGAGCGUUUGCAGCUGAAGCAGUCUUGGCCAGUCCAUGAAUCUGCACAGCAAAGAGCGGUAUUUUAUACCACAGUUCCUGCCAUAUUUCAGUUUUAAAGGUCCUGAAGCCACUCUUACAUCCACUAAGAGAAUGUAAAUCUGUAAGAAAAGUGAGGAGGCAGAUGGCUAGGUAGGUGGAGUGUUGUGGUAUAUGGUGGGUUGGAGGGGCAUGUUACAGAUGUGCACAAUGUGUUGGGUCCCAGAUAAAGGAGGGAAUUUGAGGUGACAGGUGGAUGAAUGCUUAUGGUAAGUCAGGAGGGUGCAGUCUGGGAAUGGUGGUGUUGGUGAUCUGGUAGGGCAAUGUUCUUGGGGAUUGGGGGAGGGAUGCCAGGUCCGAUCAUGCCAAGGUACAAAAUGAAGUCCAAAUUGGGGACAACAUCAAGUGUCUGUGGGGCGGAUGUAUGAUAGGAGGUCAGUCUGGGCACAGGGAGAUGUCCAGCCCAGCUGGGGAAUGAGGCAGGCUUGAAUUUGGGCUUAAAUAAAAACCAAAAGAACUACAGAUGCUGUAAAUCAGGAUCAAAAACAAAGUUGCUGGAAAAACUCAGCAGAUCUGGCAGCAUCUGGAAGAAAGCAGAGUUAACAUUUUGGGUCCAAUGACCUUUCUUCAGAUCUGAUUGCAGCUAGGAAAGGGUUGGUAUACAUGCCGAAGAUGGGACAGGGGAAUAAGUAAAUGAAGUAAAUGUAAACAAAAAAUGCUGGAAAUCCUGGCGGGUCAGGCAGCAGCCAUGGAGACAGAGCAAGCUGACGUUGAGUCUAGAUGAUUCUUUAUCUCAGUGUUAGCUGCUGUCUUUCCGUGGAUGCCGCCUGACCCUCUGUGAUUUCCAGCAUUUUUUGUUUUCAGUACAGAUUCCAGCAUCUGCAGUAAUUUGCUCCUACAUUGAGAAGAAGUAAAUGAUAGUUGGGAGAUGGAGCCCAGAGAGAGAAAAUCAGUUGGGCAGACAAAGGAAUGGAUAAAGGUCAACCUGAGAGAAUGAAUAGCUGUUAAAUGGGGACUGUCAGUGGCUGACAAUGGGAUAUUUGUGGUUGCAGCCGCUAUGAUGACAAUGUUUGGUGACACAUGGGUUAUUGUAACACCAUGGAAGAAGGUGCUCAGACCCUAAAAUUUUGAACUCUCUAUAGAUUACAGAAAAUUGCAGGGUUCCCAAGUGGAAACUGGGGUGUUCUUCCCGUUUGUGCUCGGCUUCACUGGAGCCUAGUAGCAAGCCCAAGGCAAACAUGGUGGCCAUGGUGUGAUAUGUUGAAAUGGCAAGUAAUCGGAUGCUUGGUCAUUUUUGUGGACGGAAUGUAGGUGAUCUGCAAAGUGGUCACCCAGUUUGUGCUUCAUCUCCCCAAUGUAGAGGACACCACAUUACUAUAUUCAUGCUUACAAAGAAUAGAUUGAGUGAAAUUCAGGUAAAGUGCUGCUUCACCAUGAGGGUGUGUCAAGAGCCUUGGAUCGUGAGGCGCGGGGGUGGGGGGAGGAAGUAAAUUGUUUGGUGUCACACUUUCUGUGAUUGCAUGGGAAGGUGCUGUGAGAGUAUGAUGAGUGACGGAAGAUGGCCAGGUUGUCCCAGAGGGAAUGGUCCCUUGAAGAAAGCUGGUAGGGGAGGGGAGUAUGUAUCGAAGCAUCCUGCUACAUGUGGCAGAAAUGGCAGCCAAUGAUCUUUUAGACUUGGAUGCUGGUGGGAUAGUAGGUAAGGGCAAGGAGAGCCCACCGCUGUUGUGGGAGAGAAGAGAGGGGGUGAGGGUGGAAGUGUGGGAGAUGGAGUGGAUGUGUUUGAGAGGUCUGUUAAAACAUGGUGGUGGGGAAUUUUCAGUUUAGGAAGAAGAUGGAUAUUUUGAAGGCUCCCAUCUCAAAGUUGAACUUGAUACGAAGUGGGGUCAGCAAUCCGUGGAGCUUUGGAGGAAAGAUUCAGGGGUGAUCAAACCAGAAGAUGGUGGCACUGUUUAAUGGUUUCCUGUUCUAAUUCCACUAACCUUCAUUGGAUAACUAUUGAGUUUAAGUUAGUGGAAAUCUUCUGAUGUCUCCAACGCUAACUCAGAGUUGGAUCUUUUUGGAGGCAUGCAAACAGCAGAUAAUUGCCAUUUUGAAACUUCAACUUUCAGAGCAUUUCCUAGGAUGACAGCUACAUUGUACAAUUCUGUCCAUGCAGUGCUACAAAGAACUGUCCUUCCAUUUGAAGGUCUGGGCCAUGAUCAUUUUCAAUAAGGAACUCAAAAUUCAUUGUAGGCUAGGUUAGGUUGAUGUGUGCAGCGUCCGCUGGUCAAAUUUAUGAUAUCCUUUAAUCAUCUUGGGACAUUGUGAAUGUCCCCCUCCCCCAUAGGAUAUCCUACAGUUACUCCAUGGCAUACCUGUAGUUGGAAUCAGGGCUACAGCAAUAAGUCUAGAUUGUCAAGGAAUAUUGAGAAUUUGAUAAAGAAUAAGAAGAAGGAACUAUGUAUUAGGUAUAGGGCAUUAAAAACUGGAGGUUCUUCAAAAGUAGAGAAUGUGUACAGGAUUGUUUAAAAAAGAAAAUGUCUUUGGGAGAUAGAACCAAGUCUUAUUAUAGGUUUCUUAAGAGUAAGAGGGUUGCCAGGGAAAGGUUGACCCUAAUAGAAAUCAAAGGGGCAACCUGUAUGUGGAUCCAGUGGAUAUGGGUGAGGUCUUACAUGAAUAUUUCUCAUCUAUUUACAGAGCAGAAAAAUAUUGUAACUGGGAAUAUCCGGUGGGUUGGUGAACACAACUAAAAUUGAUAAGGAGGAGGUAUUAAAUGUUUUAGUGGGCUUAAUUGUGUACAAAUCUCUAGGGAUGCAAGUGUUGACCCUUUCAGGCCUUGCUUGUUGCUUGUUUCCCUGACCAUAUGGCUGUUUUUCCUGGUGGUGGAAAUAUCGAAUAAAGUUAUUUG